CUAAAGUGACCCACAGCCUGUGGGCAGGACCCCGGGGAGGAGGGGGUCCCGAUGUCACCGGUGCCACAUCUCUCAACGCCACCCAUCACCCCCUGCUCCGAGAUCACAUCCCUGGUUCCUGCAUGCUUCCAUUGGAAAACAAAUUGCUUCCUGGCAGCUCGGCUGCCAGCAGCCUCCAGCUCCCUGCCUGGGGACUGCAGGGGUGGGGAGGCGUGGGGCAGCCGUGCCUUGGGAGCUGGGCUGAGACCGGGCAGCUCAUUGCACGCACGGUGCUGGUGCAGGCAUGGGGUGCCUAUAGCGUGGGGUGCCCUGAUCUGACCAGCGAUGGGAGUUGGUGACGUGGGGAGGUGGCCAUCCGUGUGCUUGUCCCCCUGCAGGUUCCAGAAGCACGUCCACACCUACCGCAUCCUGCCUGACGAGGAGGAUUUCUUGGCAGUGCAGACGUCGCAGGGAGUGCAGGUGAGGCGCUUCAAGACGCUGAGCGAGCUGAUCUCGCUGUACCUGCAGCCCAACCAAGGGCUGGUGUGCACCCUGCUCUUCCCAGUCGAGAGGGAGAAGGAGAAGGAGGGCGCAGAGGACAGGGAUUACUCGGAUGGCGAGGAUGAGAAGCCUCCUCUCCCCCCACGCUCCAGCACCAGCAGCUUCUCAGGGUCUUCCGUGGGGCUCAGCCCCAGCAGCCCAGGGCCGGCAGCAGCCGAUGGGGCAGCAGAGAGCACCAACGGCCUGGCCAGCAUCUCCCACGAGUACCUGAAGGGCAGCUACGCGCUGGACCUGGAGGCUGUGAAAGCUGGGGCCUGCAGCCUGCCCCACCUCCACAGGACCCUCGUCACCUCCUGCAAGCGGCUGCACAGUGAGGUGGACAAGGUGCUGGCAGGGCUGGAGAUCCUCUCCAAGGUGUUCGACCAGCAGAGUUCCCCCAUGGUGUCCAAGAUCCUCCAGCAGGUGAAGGGUUUGGGGGCAGAGCGUCGGUGUCUCA